AUAAAAAUCAUCCAUAAAGUAAAAGCAGCCACAUGAGUCUUCAAGCAUAAGCGUCUCAACACUUAUUUCGCCUUUUUCGGUUCGGAUCGAAAAAAAAAAAAUUAAAAAUCCAAACUCAGCCAUGGCAGACGAUUUCCAGCUCGGAAACGGAAGCUGGUGGGAUACAUCAAGAAACCGAUUCGAAUCCGGCACCACCUCCCCGGCUUCCUCGUCGAUUUCCACCACGCUUAAUGCGAUCGCAAGCUACGGAUGGCCGACAGAGAUGGUCGACACGAAAUCAUCCAGAGAUGAUGAUCAAUCAUCUGCUGGCGGUGGAAGUGGUGGUGGUGUUUUAUCUUCCCCCAAUUUGCAAAUGAUGGGAUUAGGCCUUUCCUCACAAAGCAUGGAUUGGAACCAAGCUUUAUUAAAUGAAAAAGGGGAUAGCAGUUUCCGGUCGUUGCUCCAGCAAGAUUUGAGCUCGAACACCCCCAAUUUCCGCGGAUUUUCGUUGGAUCAACCGCAGUUUACUUCUCAGGCGAGCUCCAACGACAGCACCAUCACGUCGCCCGCUUUUCAAGUGGACUCCUCCACCGCCUACAGCCUCUUGUUAUCAGAAAAUCAACCGCAACCUACCUACCAAAACCGACCCUUACCAAACUAUCCAUACACCCCGGCCGGAAAUAGCAACCAUUUGCAUUUCACCAACAACACUCCCUUCUGGAACGCAUCGGCCCCUCCAUCCGAAGCCCGGUCGAGCUUUUUCCCGCCCUUACAAAAUCAGAUUCCCACUUUUGAGGCCAAACCAAAGAGCAAGGCGGGAGGGCGGGAAUUAAGCACGUCGGCGAAGAAAAACAGCGCUGAGGCGACGAAUAAAAGGGCGCGAAGUGAAACGCCGUCGCCUUUGCCGGCUUUCAAGGUGAGGAAAGAAAAGAUGGGAGACAGAAUAACGGCACUUCAACAAUUGGUCUCACCUUUUGGAAAGACAGACACUGCUUCCGUACUCUCAGAAGCUAUCGAAUACAUCAAAUUUCUCCACGAACAAGUCAGUGCCUUAAGUGCACCCUACAUGAUAAAUGGAGCUCCCAUGCAAAAUAAGCAGAGUAAUCCUGAAAAAUUGAAGGAUCUAGAAGGGGGCCGUCACGAUCUAAGAAGCCGAGGGCUAUGUCUAGUGCCCGUUUCGAGCACUUUUCCGGUGACGCACGAAACAUCAGUCGAUUUUUGGACCCCUACAUUUGGCGGUACAUUCAGAUAAGCAAGCAGAAAAUCAUGAGACUCUAAUCAAACUCCACUAAUAUCUAAGUAGGAUGAGAGAGAGAAGCACAUGCAGUGUUUCAAGUAUAUUUUUUGGCCAUGGUUUGGGCCAAAUUGAUUAGUUUGCUAGCUAGGGAACAAAUUGUACGCAGAAUAUAUUAAUUAUAUAGCCCUUGUAAUAAUUGAAGAAUUAUGAUUAAAAAGAGUUGGUUAGAAAUGA